AUGAAUAAUGAUCAAUCUACUUAUUUUAAAACACCCAAAACCGUAAGUUAUAAUGGUCCUCAUCAAGAAAAAAUUUACAAAAAUCGAAAUCUUCAAAGACAGUUCAAUGAACAAGAAAAUAUUGAUCCUAGACAAUAUUCUGAACAGAUUCUUAUUUCUGAUCCAGCCAUAGUACAUUCUAUUGCUACUCGUCUACCUAUGGUUAGAAUACAUUGUAAUCCUGCUCUUCGAUCAAAGGACACUGGUGUUCAGUUUAUAAAGGACUUUAUGAAGUACAUUGCAUUGAAUUUUCGUAAUGAAUAUCCACGCCAUAAAGAUCCAAUUGGAUUAGAUCAGUGGUGGUUACAAGAUGAUGGAAAUCUUUUAUGUGGUGUUACUGACGAUAUUGAUUUUUAUAUGUAUUUAUGUGAUGACAAUCAUUGUCCAUCUUCUACUGAUGAUGUAUUUUAUGGGAUAAAACCUCGUUUUUCGUCUAUAUUUAUGGUUAAUGGAAUGAUGGGAAUUACUCAGUCAAGUGCUCGGCAUAUUCGUGUUAUCUUCAAGCAACAAAAUGAAUAUGAGAAAAUUCUUUAUGAUGGGAGAAUUGUUAUCCAAGGACUUGUACUUGAUGUCGACGAAUAUUUACCUCUACCAAAGAUUUCUAUUUGCACGGAAUGUAAUUUAUCUGGUCAUAUUAAGAAAACCUGUCAAGCUCCCUAUGUUAUAUGUCGACGAUGUGGUCAAAAUAAAGAAAAUGGAGAUAAUCAUAUUGAAUGUGUGAUUCAGUGCCGUCAUUGUGGUGUUAAUCAUAUAUCGACGGAUUACAAAUGUCCUACAAUAGUUAAUUUUAGGAAAAACCUUUUGGAUAAAUUGAAAAAUAAUACUGACAAGCUACCAGUACAUGUACAAGCAACAGAUACAUCACUGUCAAAUGAAUAUUUGGAUUCGGCAAUUAGAGCAUUUGACAAUGAAUUGAAUAAGAUAAAGAAAGAUUUUGAUGAAGAAAAAAAUCGAAUCAACAGCUUAUAUGAAAAACAAAUUGAAACAGUUAAAAAAGGAUGGCUUAUUCUGCAACAGCAAGUUCGUGCACAAAAUGAAUGCUUAGCAUCCAUACAACAAGUUAUUGGUACUACAAUUGGUGAUGAACAAAAAGAACAUAUUGAAAGUAUGAAAAACGCAAAUGGAGCCAAAAUGACUCAUCUAAUGCAAUUGAAAGACUCUUUUCAACGAGAAAUGAUCCAAUAUUCCACCAUUAUGCAAAAAAAAAUUGAAUUAUAUCAAUCGGCUAUGGAAUCCAUCUUUUCUGCACACAAUGGAUAG